GACAUAAUAUUUAUCCCAGAUAAUUCCAUCUCACGACGCUCUUUCGGACUGAUAAUUUGACAAUUGAUUUUUUACUCCCCUGUUUAUUUUGGGAGAUAAGUGGUCUUUUAUAAUACCAAACAGCGCUGCCUGCGCACUUGUAUAAGACAAUAUGGGUUUUACUACUGGUUUUACCGGCGGCGUAACCCUAACUCUCUCUCUGGCCUACCUAACCGUCCUGGCUCACCAACGCAACCGCGCUUCUCAAUCCCUCCAUCUACACCACCAAUCCCAAGUCCUGACUUCCCUCCUUGAAAAACAACCCAUCCCACCCCCCAAAUCGCGCUCGGAGCUCGCCCGUGAAGAAAGAAGUACGCUUAUUGAAGCUGCGAAGGAUAGAUGGAAUGCCGAGAUUGAGAAUUCCGUCCGGUGGAUCCAGAGGACGGAUUGGGAAGAUGUGAGAUGGAAAAUGGAAGGCGCGGUUAGCAGGGCACUAGGAUUGGGAUUGGAGAGGAGCAGAGAGGGUAUUCAAUAUGGAGAAGAGGUCGCGGGGGAGAAGUUAAGAGAUUUUAGGGAGGAGGCCAGAGAGGAGGCAAAGAGGGCUGCUACAGGCGCUGUGGCGGGGGUUGAGAGAGGUGCUGCUGGGACGAGGGGAGCGAUCGAUGCUUCUUCGCAAAAGCUAAAGGAUGCAGAGGCUAGAAUUCCUUCGUAUCCUGAAAUUGAACGGAAAGCGGGAGGAACAAUUGAUGCCGCCCGUGGAGGAAUCCGCAAUGCAGUUUCUCGAGGCAUCGAAGCCGGCAAAGGAUAUGCACAAAAAGCAGGUGCAGCAGUCGGUAUUGCCGAGCAGAAAGUUGAGGAAAAGGUCGCGCUUAUCUCGGGUUCGAGUAAAUCUGCAAAUUCGGAUGUAGAGAGGGCUUUGAGGGAGAGAUUUGAGGGUCCAUCUCAAUUGGAUAAGAGUGUGCAACAGGCGCUUGAGGAAAGAUAUACACCCAUUAAUCAGAGGGACAAUGGAACUUUGAGGGGCAUAUGAGGUAUUGAGAUGGGAGGGCUAAAAGGCAUGAGUAGUUAAGCGAAGCAGGAAUGGAGGUGUACUAUCAAAGUGUAAAUAGAUAAAGUUCUCUGCUAUGUUAUGAUAUGCUUGCUGAGUGUGCUAUAGAAAAGUUGAUUUGCUUUUGGCUCAGCUCAGGUGGACUUGAGAGGGAUAUUGGGGACUUUAUAAUACAAUUCAAGUACUAUUUCCUCA